AACCCCAUCACCCUGCCCACGUACAUCCCUCUGGACUCGCCCUGUGGUCAGAUCCAGAAGUUCCCGGAAUGUUCAGGCCGCAGGGGGCCUGUGGGCUGCCUUCCACCUGAACCCUUGGCAUCUUGAAACCUGGCCUGGAGCCGGCAGAACGGCCAGGCUAAGCUGGGUUCCAGCUGAGGAGGGUAGCACGGAGGGUCCUCCCACCCCAAACUUCACCCUUUCCUUCCUGGAGGACAGCCAAGUCCCAGUGCUGGCGCCAGGCCCCUCCCACUUGAGAACUACAAAGCUUGCAGCUCGGAGAGCGGUCCUGCACACACCACACCGCGCCCGUUCUCAGCCCCACGCAGACACAGACAGGGUCACAAGGCCAAGAUCCAGAGAGAUCAGCAAGAAUUCAACAGCUGGCACCACUGACAUAUUGUUCAAGGAAGGAGGCCACACCCCGGCGCCCCUGAGGAGACAGCAUGGAACUGAUCCAGGACACCUCCCGCCCGCCAGCAAAGUAUGUGAAGGGCAUCCCUCUCAUCAAGUACUUUGCAGAGGCACUGGAGCCACUGCAGAGCUUCGAAGCCUGGCCUGAUGACUUGCUCAUCAGCACCUACCCCAAGUCGGGCACCACCUGGGUGAGCGAGAUCCUGGACCUCAUCUACCAGGAUGGCGACCUGGAGAAGUGUCAGAGAGCCCCCGUCUUCAUGCGGGUGCCCUUCCUUGAGUUCAAGGUCCCUGGGGUUCCCACAGGUGUUGAGCUUCUGGAAGAUACACCAGCCCCACGGCUGCUCAAGACACACUUGCCCCUGGCUCUGCUUCCGAAGACCCUGCUGGAUCAGAAUGUCAAGGUGAUCUACAUCGCCCGCAAUGCCAAGGAUGUGGCCGUCUCCUAUUACCACUUCUACCGCAUGGCCAAGGUGCACCCUGACCCUGGUACCUGGGACAGCUUCCUGGAGAAGUUCAUGGCUGGGGAAGUGUGCUACGGGUCCUGGUACCAGCACGUGCGGGAGUGGUGGGAGCUGAGUCACACCCACCCUGUUCUCUACCUCUUCUACGAGGACAUAAAGGAGGACCCCAAAAGGGAGAUCCAGAAGAUCCUGGAGUUUCUGGGGCGCUCCCUGCCGGAGGAGACUGUGGAUCAUAUCAUCCAGCACACGUCUUUCAAAGAGAUGAAGAAGAACCCCAUGACCAACUACAGCACCAUACCCACUGAAAUCAUGGACCACAACAUCUCUGCCUUCAUGAGGAAAGGCAUCACUGGCGAUUGGAAAUCCACCUUCACUGUGGCCCAGAAUGAGCGCUUUGAAGCCCAUUAUGCUGAGAAGAUGGCGGGCUGCAAGCUCCGCUUCCGCUGGGAGCUGUGAGUGGUCCUCUGGAGGGGUGUGAAACAAGCCCAGUCAUGGCUUCAGAAAUAAAAUCUGAUGUCUGUUAAA